AUGGACCGCGCUUCAUUCUACACGAAUGCAAGCGGCCCGAAUGAUUCGAGGUCCAGCCGCCACCUCGGACCUUCCCUGGAAGAGCUGGCGCCUCGUGGCUACUCGUCGCAGCCCCCCGCCGUCCCCCACGGCGCUCCCCGUCAUCGCGACGUCGGCGACUAUCCAACCAAGCACUCCCUCCCGCCGAUUCUCCCGAGAGAGGGCGACGCCAGGAUGUACGAGAGCUACGCCAGGCCGCUCCCACGCCGACCUUGGGACAGCAUGGCUCAAGAGGGGCACAUGGGCCACCCUUCCCCCGGGAUGGUGAGCCCGAUCGGCGCGCACAGGCUUGCCCGCACGCCCAGCCCUCCGCCGCCGCCCCCGCUGCAUCCUUCUGGCCGGCAUAUGCCGCCGAUGGCGCUCGAUCGCGGACACUAUCAGGGCCCCAUGCACCCCCAGAUGUACGCGGACCGAGACAUGCCUCCAUCCCGGCCCAUGUCGUUCGACGAAGCGCACGUUCCUGCGCCCAUCAAGCGGCCUCGCGUGUCGCUGGCGUGCCUUGCCUGUCGCAACCGCAAGUCCAGGUGUGACGGCAACCGCCCCACCUGCAAGACUUGCGCUCACAUGAAGAUCGAGUGCAAGUGGCCCGAGAUCGACUUCCGAAGGGCCAAGACAGGCGACGCCGCCCGUCUUCGGCGCAAGGACGCCGGCGCCGCCGCACAGGAACGCUCUUCGCCCCAAGGCGCCCACGCGACAAACGGCCACAGCGGAGAUCAUGGACGACGCCUAUCGCCUCCCAGGUCGGGCGAUGCGCCCCGGACCAUGGCUCGCCUGCCGUCUCCUACGGCGGUCCGCUCCAUCGGUUCCGCGCUUCAGCUGCCCCGCACGACAUAUCAUCCCUACCCACCGUUUGGUCGCAGCCCCGGUGUUUCGACGUUCGAGAGGACCGACUACGCGGAUGGUGGCCGUCAUCAUCCAGGCGAGAGACGGUUGGGCAGCCCGUCAGAGAGGUACCUGGUAGCGCAGGCUCCAGAUGUCGAUCUCAGGGGCUCCCGCCACCACCCUGGUCAUGACGAGGGCGAACGUGCUUUUGCCUCCUCGCUGGCCAGCUCCAGCUCUGACGGUAUGGCGGUCGAUCUCCAAAACGGCGAACGCACGCCGCCCAAGGCAUCCUCGGCCUCGUCGCACCCGCAGACGAGGCGAGACUAUCCCGCCAGAAGCGUCUCUCCAAAUCGGUUGGAAGCCUCACAGACGCGGGAUAUCGCCGCAAAGCUGCUCGCCCUGACGCGGGUCGACCUAGGAAGCCAUCGCCACGGCCUUCCCAAGGCCGAGGUGGCGCUGGGCACCUCGAGCGCCACAUCGCGCCGGCCACUGAGGCACGAGGCCGAGAGGCUCGACGACGUCUUCGCAGUCGACUGGGCGCGCCUGUCCGUGCCAAGGACCGCCUUCACGCGCGAGUUCACAGACGCCAUGGCCGGUAGCACUGCCUACCUGCAGAUUGUCGACGACGACAACGGGAGGGAAGGCGAGACGCCCCGCCCACCGAGCCGCGCGGUGUUGCACAUGUUCCAGACCAGCAUCUCGAACGCAUCGGGGCACGCAAAGGUUCAGCGCAUGUCUGUCCUCGUGCGGUUGCCCGAGCAAGCGGUCGAGGACCUGCUGCGCAAGCCGACCAACCAUCCAUUGCCGCUCCGGGAUCUCGACCUGGAUCUGUCGGGCUGCGUUGCGACCGCCGCCGCCUCUGACAAGUCCUCGGGCGACUCGAAUCUGGCGCUCUUGGCAGGGGAAGCCGCUUUGGACCGAGGUCCCCGAUUCGGCCAAGGCGGCAGCGAAAAGGUGCCAGAGGUCGCCAGGGAGCUCAGCGAGGGCCUCUUCGACGACGACGUUCCAAAGUCGGGCAUCCUCGGCGAACUCCUCAGGGACAUUUCGGGUCACCUGGCUGGCAUCUACCUCUUUUUCGACAAGGCAGACUUUGAGGCGAGGGUGCGUCAGGACGACGUCAGCGCCGUCUUGCUCAAUGCCGUGUGCGGACUCGGUGCCAGAUUCUGCGACCACCGCUUCGUCGAAGGCUUCAGCCCGGCCGACUAUGCCGAGGCGUUCAGCCGAAAAGCGCACCAGCUCUUCUGGCAGGCCGUCACCUUUCCCACAUGCGACGCCGUCAGCGCAGGCGUCUUGCUGGCCAUCUGCGAGAUUGGGGCCAACAGGGCCAGCUCGGCCUCGACAAUCAUCGCUGCCGCGUCCCGCAUGGCGCUCGAGCUCGGGCUGCACCGUGUCCCGCCGCCGGGCUCAAGUCUGACCGAAGAGCAGAGGCAGACGGACGAGUUCCUCUUCUGGUCCAUCUACGCGCUGGACCGCAUCGCCUCGGUCAUGACCGGUCGACCCUUCGCGCUCCAGGACCGCGACAUCGAUGCGCGGCUGCCCACGCUGUCGAGCACCUCUAGGGCGACGUCGUUCGCGUACCUCAUCGACCUGAUCCGGGUCAGCAACAACAAGCUCUCCGAGACACUCUUCAGCCCCAUGGUGGUCCGAUCGGCCCAGGAGGCCGAACAGAUCCAGGUGAACCUGCUCGCCUCGAUCGAGGCCGAUACACGACACUGGUUCAACUCGCUGCCGGGCUGGCUCCGCUUCUCGCCCGGCAACCUGCGCCGUGCCUCUGAAAGGGGCGAGAGCGUCAUGUUCUGCGGCGUCCACUUCACCUACCACUGCACCUUCCUCUGGAGGUACCUCCUCGACACCAGCAUCACGAUGCGGUCCCAGGACCUGGCCCGGCUGCGCCAGGCGGCCUAUGGCAUCGCCGAGAUCUCGGACCUAUGCCUGGAGUCCAACGACGUGGCCCUCGAGAGCCUCCCGAUGAUGUCGCCCGCCUUCUUUCUGGCGGCCUGCGUGCUCGUUGCGGAACUCGAGCAACUCGGCGAACUGGACAAGGGCUUCUUUGUCCGAUCGUCGGCGCCUGGUGGCCGCGACGAUCCGAGGGCCCCUUCUUCCUUCUCGCCCGCCCGGGACGAGCACGAUGCGGCAGCGAUGGCCCGAUCGGCGCUGCAGACCUGCCUCCGUGCAUUGGAGAAGCGGAAGCCAUACUGGGCCGACGCCCGGAGCGCAGAGGAGAUCCUGCUGACGUACCUUGCGGCGCGAUCCAGCCGCAAGAUGUCGACCGAGGCGGUGACGGACCUGCUCGAGCAACUCCGCUACCUCGUCGUCCUCAGGGACGACGUACUCGAAGACCUGGGCGAAGACAUCCGCGACCUCGAAGCGGGCCCCGUCGUCGAGGAGGUCAAAGAUGCCAGGCACCUCGCUCCUUUCUUCCCGGCCCUCUUUCACUGA